AGUAAGCCCCCUCCCCUCGGGACAUGGAAGGUCCAUACCGGAAGAAGGUCAAACGUCACUACAUUCAAGAUGGCUUCCCCCCUGUGUCAGUGUUAUCAGUUAUGUUUAAGGACAUCUUCUGCGACAUGUCCUUCCAAUAUCUUGCUGCUGCACAACAGAGCAAAUGUCUUCAGAAUACGGAACUUUCCCUCCAGUUCUUCCCAGGUGCCACAGUCCUCACGUCUUCAGGUGAGAUAUUUGUCGGGGGAGCGAGGCGCGGGAAGAAAGGGUUUCCUCGGAGAAUUCCUGGACAACCUGAAGCAGGAGAUGGGCAAAAACAAGGAAAUGAAAGAAAACAUCAAAAAGUUCCGCGAAGAGGCCAAAAAACUGGAGGAGUCUGACGCUUUGAGGCAAGCGCGCAGGAAAUAUAAAACUAUAGAAUCUGAAACGGUGAGGACCUCCGAGGUCCUGAAGAAGAAGCUGGAGAACCUCUCGGACACAGUAAAGGAGGGUUUGGAGGAGGUCAGUCGCACGGACAUCGGGAAGAAGAUCAAGGAGGGAAUGGAAGAGGCGGCCAAAACGGCCAAGACCUCAGCAGAGACGGUCUCCAAGAGCGGGGAGAUGUUGGGAAAGACCGGUGCUUUCAAAGCCAUCUCACAGGGUAUGGAGAGCGUGAAGAAGGAGAUCGACGACCUGGGCCACACCGGCCCCUACCGGCCUCCCGCCAGACUCAGGAAGCGGAGCGAGUUCUCCUCCAAGGGGUCGGCGGAGGAAAACAAGGUCUAUGAAGCCAACGAGGAAGCUACGGGCGUGGUGCUCCACAGGGACUCCAAAUGGUACCAGCAGUGGAAGGACUUCAAAGACAAUAAUAUGGUCUUCAACAGGUUCUUCGAAAUGAAGAUGAAGUACGAUGAGAGCGACAACGCCUUCAUCCGAGCAUCGCGGGCCGUCACUGACAAGAUGACCGACCUCAUAGGCGGACUCUUCUCCAAGACCGAGAUGUCCGAGGUUCUGACCGAGAUUUUGAAGGCGGACCCCUCCUUCGACAAAGAUUCUUUCCUCAAGCAGUGCGAGCGUGACAUCAUCCCCAAUAUUUUAGAGGCAAUGAUCCGAGGCGAGCUGGAGGUGCUCAAGGACUGGUGUUAUGAAGCGACAUACAGUCAGCUGGCACACCCCAUCCAGCAAGCCAAGGCCAUGGGGCUUCAGUUCCACUCCAAGAUCCUGGAUAUCGACAGCAUCGACCUGGCCAUGGGGAAGAUGAUGGACCAGGGUCCUGUGCUGAUCAUCACCUUCCAGGCUCAGUUAGUGAUGGUCAUACGCAACACCAAAGGAGUAGUGGUGGAGGGGGACCCUGACAAAGUCCUGAAGAUGAUGUACGUGUGGGCGCUGUGUCGAGACCAAGAGGAACUCAACCCGCAUGCCGCCUGGAGACUCCUGGACAUCUCCGCCUCCAGCACCGAACAGAUCCUCUAAGACUCUCUAGUCCGGGGAGGAGGACCACCCUUCGGGACCCUCCAGCAGACCUGCAGGAGGAGGACCAACCUGACUGACGUCUUCCUCUGCCGCCCACCAGAGGGCGUCAGAGUGCCAAACUCACUAAGGUGCAGGACACCCUGAUUCCAGUCUAGAGGACAAGUCCAACUUGAGUCCACAUGAGACAAGACCUCCAGCACAGUCAAGGACGUCCCAAUAAUAAAGUCUCUAUUUAUUAGGAAUAGUCAACAUAAUCCCCCCAUGUCCAUCCUUUUAAAUGUCCUGCUGGGAUCAAAUAUGUCUUUUUACACAACAUUAAAAAACUGAAGAAAAAAAAAAGCCACAACAUAAUUCGGAGUUUAAGUAUUUACACUUUUUUUUUGUUUGCAAAUUUUCAACUUUGUGAGUGCAACCUGCCUCCUCUGAAUAAUCAUUUUUUUAUUUGUAUGGUGCUUAAUGUGAGUCUUUUUUUUGAAAACUUUUUAUUUUUUUAUGCUUAAUUAUGUAACUGAAUUUUCAGUGUUUAAAGUUGGUGAAAUUUUUGAUUUUUUUUUUUUUUUUUUUUACCUCAAAUGAUGCUGACAAUUACAUUGAAUACAAUUGUGUGUUAAAACUGUAUAAAAUGUAGUGUAAAAAAGUCAAUGGAUAAAAAUGUUAAACAUGUAUUUAAAGCAAAAAAUACUUUUACUCUGAAUUAAAAAAAAUGUUUUGACAAACUACAUUUUUCAAAAACUUUAGAGAAUGUUGAAUACAUUUUUCUCACUUUUUUUAUUUGAUUUAAUUUAAUUUAUACAAUUAUGUUUAAAAAUACAGUUUGUUACAAUAGGGUUUUAAAAUUCAGUGUAUAAAAAUGGGUUAAAAAAAUCAUUAUAUAAAAACUGCAUUUUUAAACCCAUUUUGCUCACAAAUUUUUUUUACACAUUAAAAAACUGAAAGAAAAAAAAAGCCACAACAUAAUUCGGAGUUUAAGUAUUUACACUUUUUUUUUUGUUAGCAAAUUUUCAACUUUGUGAGUGCAACCUGCCUCCUGAAUAAUCAUUUUUUAUUUGUAUGGUGCUUAAUGUGUUUCGUUUUCUUAAAAACUUUUUAUUUUUUUAUGCUUAAUUAUGUAACUGAAUUUUCAGUGUUUAAAGUUGGUGAAAUUUUUGAUUUUUUUUUUUUUUUUUACCUCAAAUGAUGCUGACAAUUACAUUGAAUACAAUUGUGUGUUAAAACUGUAUAAAAUGUAGUGUAAAAAAGUCAAUGGAUAAAAAUGUUAAAAAUGUAUUUAAAGCAAAAAAUACUUUUACUCUGAAUUAAAAAAAAAAUGUUUUGACAAACUGCAUUUUUCCAAAACUUUAGAGAAUGUCGAAUACAUUUUGUUCACUUUUUUUUAUUUGAUUUAAUUUAAUUUGUGAAAUUAUGUUUAAAAAUAAAGUUUGUUACAAUAGGGUUUUAAAAUUCAGUGUAUAAAAAUGUGUUAAAAAAUCCUUAUAUAAAAACUGCAUUUUUAAACCCAUUUUGCUCACAAUUUUUUUUUACACAACAUUAAAAAACUGAAAGAAAAAAAAAGCCACAACAUAAUUCGGAGUUUAAGUAUUUACACUUUUUUUUUUGUUAGCAAAUUUUCAACUUUGUGAGUGCAACCUGCCUCCUCUGAAUAAUCAUUUUUUAUUUGUAUGGUGCUUAAUGUGUUUCGUUUUCUUAAAAACGUUUUAUUUUUUUAUGCUGAAUUAUGUAACUGAAUUUUCAGUGUUUAAAGUUGGUGAAAUUUAUGAAAUUUCGUUUAAAAAUAAAGUUUGUUACAAUAGUGUUUUAAAAUUCAGUGUUUAAAAAUGUAGUGUUAAAAUUUUUUUUAUAUAAAAACUGCAUUUUAUACCCAUUUUGCUCACAAAUUUAGAUUUGAUGUGAUUGUCAGCAUUUCACAAAACUAAAGAAAAAAAAUUCAGUGGCAUAAAUUAGGUAAAAUCUUUUGUAAUAAAAGCAAAUUAACCUCUAUGUUUUAAAAAAAAAACUAAUUUAAAGUGACUGAUUUUUUUUUUACAUUAGAGUAUGUUAAAUACAUUUUGCUCACUUUUUUUAAUUGAUUUAAUUUAAUUUAUAAAAUUAUGUUCAAAAAGACAGUUUGUUACAAUAGUGUUUUAAAAUUCAGUGUAUAAAAAUGUGUUUGAAAAAUCAUUAUAUAAAAACUACAUUUUUAAACCCAUUUUGCUCCCAAAUUUAGAUUUGAUGUGAUUCUCAGCAUCAUUUCACAAAACUCAAAAGAAAAAAAAUUCAGUGGCAUAAAUUAGGUAAAAUAUUUUGUAAUAAAAACAAAUUAACCUCCA